CGGUGCCCAGGUGAAAAAAAAUGGCUGAACCUUAAAUGAAACUAAAAACAAAAACAUUUUUUUGGAUUAGAUUUUAAGAUCACCACCAGUUUGAAUGUUGGAAUUUGCUACUUGUUUAAUAAGUAAGAUAUAGAGUAUUUCGACAGAGCUUAUAAAAUAUCGUGGCAUCUGUUAUCACAAAGUCUUACUGACCAAGAGGUCACCAGAUUGAAUUGAGGAAGGGUCGCGAUGUAAGAACUAUUGGAUUGAUCAUGCCGGCGUACCAUCUAGUCUGGCUGACACUCGAGAUCUUUGUUUCAGUGAUAUCUGGACAGGAAGAUGUACAAACCACCACGGCUUGUGUGGGACGUUGUGACUUUGGUUAUAGGAUGGACUGUCCUCAAGGACAAAGGGUAGCUCCUCGAGAUUUGACGUACUAUGCCAAACAGACCAACGCUCAGUGUCCAGACUCGGACAACCCGAGCCUGAUGUGCCAGUCCAGUGAGCAGUGUUGUAGUUACUAUGGCGGGGACUGCAGUCUCCCAUUCUCCUAUCAGAAAGCAUUCCAGGUGUUUAACAACUGCUCAGGUUACCAGAGCUGUGGCUGGUUCCGAGCUGAGUCCGUACAGAUUGGGUCACGCUGUAGCUAUAGAGACAAAACAAAUUACAUCGCUGCCUCCUACAGCUGUAUCAAAGAGGAGACCUUUAUUGAUAUCUGCUCCGAGGCAUCAAGACGAGGGAAGUCUGUCUCACUCCUCUACAACGGCUCCCGUUAUACCAACGCUACGGGAGCUCCUCGGGUCUGUUCCUGUGCUAUAUCGACGUCAGACUGCGACUCUCCAGGCAGGCUGAAGUUCCGCGCCGUAGACGUCAGACUUCAUUCUCACAAUGACAUCAACCACUGUAAUCGUUACAGCCGCGUGACCUUGACUGAUACCAAGACCUCCGAGGGCUACAGGUGUCAGAAGAACUACUUCCAGAAGGGGUUCUACGAUCUCUUCUACAGCGCCUCCCCCUAUGCCAGGGUAUCUCUGUACAAUCAGCCAGGGGUCUACCCCUCCCAGGUCUGGUUAGAGGUGUCAGCCACUGUGCGUAAUAUAGAUGUGAUAGUGACGUGUGGGAGCAAUCAGCCCGAGAAUCUUGUGUUCUGCGGACCCCCCUCACUUCUCACUACUCCAGCAUUCGAGGACAAGACAACGACCAAAACACCGGGGGAUAUAUUUGGUCCUUCUGGUAAUGAAGGAGAAGUGCCAUCUGGUGGAGAAAAUGAACCCAGAGAUAAGGAGGAGGCAACUAUCAAUAAGAAGGGUUUUGCAUGGCCUGACCUUGGUCUUAUUGUUGGUGCUGUAGCUGGUCUUCUGGUCAUCAUACUUAUCAUCGUUAUCAUCAUUAUCUGUAUCAAACACAGGAGAGAGAAGCUGCGUAAGAAGCCCCCAAUGUUGCCCCACCCUGUCCCCCUGUCCACGCCCAGCUCUGUCAUUCCGUCGUCGUUUCCUUCCUCAGACACCGAGGAGCGCUACACAGAGGAGCAGUUUGGAGAUGAUAAAUACGGAAAUUACUAUGAGAGCAUGGCUCAGCCUAAUGGUAGUAUGGAUAACAAAUCUCCGUUUACCCCAGGAAAAGCCAUGGGAUCAUUCUUCCCCAGUGAUCGCCCCAGAGUACCUCCCCCGGCCCCACCUAGUAUUCCUGCCACCCCACCUGUCGGGAAAUCUCAAGCCCUACAAAUCAGAAAAUCCCCCGAGAACAAGCUGGAUGCUAAUCCUUACCACACGCCCUGGGACGGUUCUGUAUUCCAGGCCCCCAGUAACAGAGUGAAGAAGAACGAUCUGGCUUAUGCCACUAGUGACGAGAUUCAAGUGUUGAUUCAAAGAAUGGAGAAUGAGCGUGGCCAUGUAGCAGAGGGACUCACUAUAGCUAAACCAAUUCCGCAGAAAGGGUAUAUUUACAUUGACGAUUAUCAGAAAGGUCAAGGAGAAAGUUCAAAGGCCACCAAUACAGACUUGUAUGUUUAUCAGAGUGAUUCAGAAGACUCGGAGUCGGACAGUGAGAACAAACCGGUAAAUGGGGAACAAUCUGACGAGGCAUCUAAUCGGCCAUCGCAGGGAGAGCAGGGAGUAAGUGAGGGGACCCCCAGGUCUAAUGACAAUUUCUGUGGGAGCGAGGACACAGGGUACCGGUCAGUGGGGAGCCCUGAGCAUGUGUUAGUGUCGGAGGACGAUUAUCUUGUGCCUGGGUCUGUAAAGUCAAACUCCAGCAAAGGGACUUCAUCGUCCACAGUGAAGGUUAGUGAGCGGGGGAGCGUGAUCUAUAAUUCCUCUUACGGAGAGCCUUACGAUGCCCGACGGAGCGAGACGGGAAGUAAUUCAUAUGGAGAUCCAUAUGACGCGGUGCAGAAAAAAGAAACUGUUGAUAUGACAACUAAAUUCUAAGACCUUGUUGGCAUUUAAUCUUGCAUCUUGCCUGAAAAUUAACAUGUAUUGAUAGUGUAAAUGUUAAGAGAAGUUUUGAGAAUUGCGUAAUUGUCAGAUAUUAAGGACUUGUGAAUAUUUUCGCGUAAUGUGUAAUGUGAUAUACGGUUUUGAUAGGUGGUUUGUUUAUGUAGAGAAAGGACCAUGUUGCAUAAUGUAAGAGUUGUAUAUUCUCUACACACACACUAGACAUUAACCUGUGAACUGCCAGUUUUCUGGAAUGUCCCUGCCUUGUCUCGAUGUUGUGAUUCGUUGUCGUUAGUCCCUUAGUGUCCACUGUGCCAUAUACUACGUGGUGCCAAGUGGGGCACCUGCCACCCCACACCACCUUGUGCAGACCCCACCUUGUGGUGCUGUUAGUGUUACAGACUGUAUCUCAAUAAGAUGGCAAAGGACACUGGAUGUAUAAGUAUUCUUACUAGUCAUAUUGGAUCAACAAGAUAACUGGGACCUACUUAAGUUACUUUAAUUUACCCCUCAAAAAAAAGAAAGUGGCAUUUUGUGCAUUUUCUCUGUUGUAGUGUUGAAAGUAUGGUUGUGUCACAUUAUCUUACUAUGCCAGACUUUAAUAAGCAGGACAGGUCGUCAUGAGAAAAGAAAAAAGCUUUUUCCCCCUACCAAAGAGGAUUUGUGGGAUCAUAAACAGUUUGGGCUUUCAAGGUUAUUGUAUUUUCUAAAUAGCUGUGAACUAACGGAGUAGUCUGUAGUGAGAUUCUGUGUUCAUUUGUUUCUUCUGCACAUAAUAUUGUAAAAUGUUUAAUGUAUAAUUUUGUGAAUUUUAUAUACCAGUAUUAAUCUGAUAAAAAGGUUGUAAACAAGACAAUAUUGGAAACAUAUUACAAAUAUUUCAUAUAUAUAUUUGGUCAUGUACAAGAUUUGUGUUGUGCACAUUGUUUUUAUCAUGUAGACAAGAUUUCUAAGGGAAAUAAUUCUUUUUUAUUUAAUUUAGAUUAUUUUUUAUUUUUGUGGUUGUGAAAUUUUGUUUACUAAAAACACUUAAUAAGAGAAACAGGGAUUCUUUAUUAAUAUACAUGUACCUUUAUAUUUUGACAGAACAUAUUUACAUAACAGUGUUGAAUGUUAACUCUUUAGCUUUAGGAGGAAAUAUUUGUGUGUACAUUUUUGUUUAAAGUUUGAAGUUCUUGGCUAGGAUCUAAGAUUUGUAAGGAGGAUAUAACAGAAAUAUCAUGCUCUCUCUCUCUCUCUCUCCCUCUCUGUCUAUCUCUCUCUCCAGACCUAUUGAGCAUGUAGAUAGGCAUAUCAGAGUCAGAUGUAUGGCCAGGUUGUGAUUUUUAAAUGAUACAUUUAAAUGUUAGCUUCUUCUCCAUUACAGUAUUUUUAACCUUAUUUAUCUUCCUUAAAAAAAAUUGUUGCAUCAAGUUUCCAUUAACUUUUUGUCAAUUAACUUCAUUGUGGCCAAUUAAACAUUCCAGAGUCUUUUUCAUUUGAAACUGAAGCAGUUUCCCCCUUCUCUUAUAAGAUUUUUCCUCCCUGGUGCUUCCCUUGUGAUAUUGUCAUACAAUCAUCUACAAAUAGCUCCACAUUUCUUGCUUAGUGUGCUGUUAGAUUCAUGUACUAAAUUUAUACUUUGAACUCGGUGUUCUUUUCUCAAAGCGGAAAGUAAAGGGAUAAUUCUUUUUCUGUAUCUGUGUUUUAAUAUGAUAGAAAAGAAGGAUUUCACUGUAACUGAUUGAUAGUCAAAGUAAUGCAGGCAUUGAAUAAUAUUGAUUAAUAUAGCAUAUUUCUUUAAUUCUAAUUAGUCCUAUUAACUAUAUAUAAGAAGUUUUAAAAGUUGUUAUAUGUGUUUUGUCUUUUAGAAAUUUGUAUAUAGUAUCAAUUGGAAUAAUUAUAACAUUCAGUGUUAUAAAUUUUAUAUUAGUUAUUUCUUUAAUGUAUUAAUAUACUUGUUGUGAAGUAUGAGAUGAAUAUUGAAGGAUGUUGAAUAGAUUAUGAUCUUAUUGCUGAGUCAUGUGAACGUUUUAUGGGAAAUCAGAGUCAGCCUGAUACUUGACAGGCCAUGUUUUCACAAUCUCUCUGUUGUGGUUGUAAAGUAUAUUGUAUUGUUGCCAAAUUAUUUAUUUUUGUCAUGUAAUCUAGAGACAUAGUUCAUUCCAGAAUAUUGCAAAAAUUAUUUUAACAUUCCACAGAACUCUUCAUUUAUAGAAAUAAUCAUUUUCAUUACCAUAGAAAUUAAGAUACAUGUUACCCUCUUUAUUAUUUUUUAUUUACAAUAUUUUAUUGGUAAAGAAUAGCAUAUUUUCCCGUUUAGUACAAGUUUGUACUUUCAGCCUCAGAAAACAAUCGAGCUGUUGUUUUAUUGAUAGUAAUUAAUAUUACUGUUUAGCGUCUCUGCAUGGUUGAAUUACAUUUAGUCUAUAGGAUACAUUUUCUCUUAAAAUAAUGAAGUUGAGCAUGAUUCAUUUACAGUAGCAAAAGAGAAAUUGUGGUCAUAUUUUCAUAAAUUUUUGCUACCUAUUAAUAAAAUGUGCGAUAUUGCCUUAAAUUUGA